GAUCCAUCCCAGACAGCCACAGUGGAUAUGUCCUCCCCAAGUGGUCUUCUGCAGUACCCUAGCACCCUCUAGUGGUACGAUACUGUCAUUACAGUACACCUUUCUAGAACUAAUGCAUUACUCUGGCUGCCUUGACUUUACACACAGUGUAUUUCUUUAUUCUAAAGUGCCAGCCUUUGAUGAAUGGCUUUAGAAUUGUAAUCUUUGGUAGACUGUUCAUAUCACUAUUAAUAAUAAACACAGAGACCUGCGACAAUCCAUAUAUUAUUGCAUGCAAUGAGCUCAGUUAUGUAAAACGGUGAGAAUGAGCUGCACUGCAUUCUAAACACAAGGCCAUUAACUGCCCAUUUGACCUGGUGUUUUUCUCUGUCUGCGGUCUAGAUGUGUGGUUGCAGUAUAAACAUGGACGUCCGGUGCUGGCUUUGCCGCUACCCUCCAGGCAGGAGCGCUGUCUGUUCUUCCUCAGGCCCAUGUUGAUGACUGUAGGAGACCUCAUCCAUGACCUACAGAGAGAAGACCCGGGAGUCACCUCUGCCUCCGUGCUCACCAAGGGUAGGGCGUACACACACACUUGUAGACACACACAAAUGUACACACUGGCCCGUAUUCAUAAAGCAUUUUAGAGUAGGAGUGCCUAUCUAGGAUCAGUUUAGCCUUUUAGAUAAUAACAAAUAUGAUUUUAAUGGACAGGGCAGAACUGAUCCUAGAUCAGCACUAUCUGAUCCUAGAUACUUUAUGAAUAUGGUGCUGUGUGUGUGUGUGUGUGUGCGCACACACUAUAACCAUCUGUUAUCCUCCUGUCUCGUACAGAUGGGGCGCGGGUAGCUAACAGAGCCUCUGUAGACACCGCCUCUGUAGACAUCACCUCUGUAGACACCGCCUCUGUAGACACCGCCUCUGUAGACACCGCCUCUGUAGACACCGCCUCUGUAGACACCGCCUCUGUAGACACCACCUCUAUAGACACCGCCUCUGUAGACACCGCCUCUGAUGACAUCGCUUCUGUAGACACCGCCUCUAUAGACACCACCUCUGUAGACACCACCUCUAUAGACACCACCUCUGUAGAGACUAUCCAUCUGUUAUCCUCCUGUCCUCAGAUGGAACGCGGGUAGCUAACACCACCUCUAUGGACACUCUCCUGGACAAAGACUUCCAGCUCCUCAUCAAUGAUGCUGUAUACAACGUUCACUCCCCUGAAAGAGGUAAAGCAACUCUUUCCCAAAGCAAAGGAAGUUUAAACACUUUAAGAGAUUAUGAUGAUAUAAUAAUAUAUGCCAUUUAGCAGCUGCUUUUAUCCAGAGUGACUUAGUCAUGCGUGUAUACAUUUUAAGUAUGGGCGGUCCCGGGAAUCAAACCCACUAUCCUGGGGUAGCAAGCACCAUGCUCUACCAACUGAGCUACAGAGGACCAUGAUGAUGAUGAUAUCAAUUGAUCUUUAUCAGUCAUUCUAAAAAGAAACAUCAUUAGUCAUUUGAGUAUCAGCAUGAUCCUCCUCCUCAUCAUCAACCUUCAGUCUGAGGUGGAAUUGGUGGAAUAGUGAUGCAUGUUCCCAAAGUGUAAUCAUUUUGACAUGAGUUCCCAAAGUGCCUGUAUUGUAAUGAAUUCCACCCAUGCUCUGUGUGUCCAGAGGCGUCCAGUGUGUCCAGUGAGCAUGUGGCGGACGUGGAGGACAUGAAGCACAUGGUGCAGCUGCUCCACAUGGCCCUCCACCUGCCUGACCACCUCCUGCUGAAGGAGAGACGGCUGAUGGAGAGACUGGAUGGACUCAAACAGGACCUCUCACCUCUGGAAGAGGUACUGGAGGGGAGGGAGGGGAGCACUUCUGACUCAGUGUCUCUCUUGUUCUUUCUCUUUCAUUCCGUCUGUCUCUUCUCUCGCUCUUUAUUUCUCUCUCUCUCUCUCUUUCUCUCUCUUGCAUAUCUUGUCUCAUCUCUCUCGUCUCUGUGUAACUCCUAUUACCUACCCCUUUGGUCGACAACCAUAAAGCUGUCUCGGUAAACCUUCAAAGAUAAGAUUGCGUGAGUGCGAGAGCCUGUUUUAGCUAUCACUAGUAACCUCUGUCACCCAUCGAUUCCCUAUACAGGUGAAGGCACAGCUAGCGCGCAGUGCAGAGUUCCACUCCUCCAGGACGCUGUGGACAGGUGUGGCCCUGCUGUCUGUGCAGGGUGGGGCCUUGGCCUGGCUCACCUGGUGGGUGUACUCCUGGGACGUCAUGGAGCCCGUCACCUACUUCCUCACCUACUGCACCAGCAUCGGAGUCUUCGCCUACUAUGUCCUCACCAAGCAGGUAUAGUACAGGAAUCUAACCAUGCUAUGUCCUCACCAAGCAGGUAUAGUACAGGAAUCUAACCAUGCUAUGUCCUCACCAAGCAGGUAUAGUACAGGAAUCUAACCAUGCUAUGUCCUCAACAAGCAGGUAUAGUACAGGAAUCUAACCAUGCUAUGUCCUCACCAAGCAGGUAUAGUACAGGAAUCUAACCAUGCUAUGUCCUCACCAAGCAGGUAUAGUACAGGAAUCUAACCAUGCUAUGUCCUCACCAAGCAGGUAUAGUACAGGAAUCUAACCAUGCUAUGUCCUCACCAAGCAGGUAUAGUACAGGAAUCUAACCAUGCUAUGUCCUCACCAAGCAGGUAUAGUCCUCACCAAGCAGGUAUAGUACAGGAACCUAACCAUGCUAUGUCCUCACCAAGCAGGUAUAGUACAGGAACCUAACCAUGCUAUGUCCUCAACAAGCAGGUAUAGUACAGGAACCUAACCAUGCUAUGUCCUCACCAAGCAGGUAUAGUACAGGAACCUAACCAUGCUAUGUCCUCACCAAGCAGGUAUAGUACAGGAACCUAACCAUGCUAUGUCCUCAACAAGCAGGUAUAGUACACUGUCUCAAAACAAGUAGCCAAGGCAAUGUCUCCCCCUUGUGUACACAAAGAGUACUGUCACUACAGGGCACUUGAACAAGAGGCUUUCAUUUUCAUUUCAGUCACGCCUGGUCUCUUUACAAUAACUUAGAGCUGUUAGAGUAGUCAAGUGCCCAUAUGUGACCUACUCCUCCAUUGCCAUACACUGUACAGUAUGAAGGAUUUAUUGGGGUUAAAUUCUAACUUUAGAUAACUGUGUGCAGCUCAAACCUCUACAUUGAUGUCAAUGGUAGAUGUGAUCAAAACACAGGUGAUACGCACUUAGAAGUGUAACAGAGAAAUGUCCACGUAUGUCUGCCCUCUUGUGGCUGCAAUGUGUACUGCAAUGUGUAUAGGAUGCACUGUAUAGAAGAAGCCCCCCCCCCAGGUCUUGAUGACACGAGAGAGUCUGGCCAGUAAACCUUCCAGUUCGUCCCACAGCACCUGUGUCCUACGUCCAUAUUAUUUUGUAAAUUCUAUCAUCAAAGUACAGUAAGAACUGUAUACAUCCAUGCUACAACAAGAAGGCUGGCACGCUUCUAGGUGCAUCACCUGUCUUUUGAUCAAAUCUCCUAAUGACAUCGGUGCAUGAUUUACGUAGAGGUUCGAGUUGCACACAGUUAUCUCAAGUUAGAAUUCAAACCCCGAUAAUUAUGAGCAGAAGUGAUACACACAAGUCAGUAUGUACUAGAUGGAUCAUGGUGGUUGUGUUCAGAUGGAUCAAGGUGGUUGUGUUCAGAUGGAUCAUGGUGGUUGUGUUCAGAUGGAUCAUGGUGGUUGUGUUCAGAUGGAUCAUGGUGGUUGUGUUCAGAUGGAUCAAGGUGGUUGUGUUCAGAUGGAUCAUGGUGGUUGUGUUCAAAUGGAUCAUGGUGGUUGUGUUCUCUGUAGGAUUAUGUCUAUCCAGACGCCAAAGACAGGCAGUUCCUGUAUUACUUCCACAAGGGUGCCAAGAAGGAGCGCUUCAACGUGCAGAAGUACAAUGAUCUGAGAGAGGAGUUGGCUUCGGUACUUUGCUAUACUUACAAGGCACUGCAGAAUGUCUGAUCACUGCUUAAUGGACUUUCCACUGAUGUAUUGAGUCUACACAGGGGCUUCUGCUGAUUGUGUGUGUGUGUGUCAUCCUUAGGUGGAAGAAGAUUUGAGACGUCUAAGGAAUCCAACCCAACUUCAGCUCCCUGUAGAACAGAUCCAGCGCAAGCCAUGAGGAGUAACCACACACACACACACACCGUGUCAAACUGAAGGACUACUGAGCAGCAGCACUUCUGUGCCAUUUCUUCCCGUUUAUUUUGACAAUUGUGGCUUUUUCUUACUAACCCUGCAGAUCAUUCUAGAGCUUUGGUUUACACCGUUUACAGUCUUGGAAGUGAUACCGAAGUCAUUUGGAGUAAUAUAAGUAUUGAAAGAAAUAUCAUAUGAGAAAGCAUUUUCCUGAAUACUAAUCAUAUUUUUUCUGCAAUCAUGGCCGUUGCAGUAAUUCAAUAUAGUAGCUAGUGUAAUUUCUUAUAGAAGAGCAAAGUUCUGAAUAUGAAAUAGUAAUGACGUGUGUGUGUAUAUAAUGAGAUUAUCCAUUCCUAAUGUUUACAAAGAUUAAGAGAACUGAGACGGAAUUCACAAAUUCAAUUUCAUUAUUUUAUUGCACCUCAAUUGACUUUAAUUUCAAUCAUCAAAACCCUAAACAUAUUUCAAGUUUUACAACUGUAAUUGUAUAAAUGAGAGAUUCUAAUUCAAUAGGAGCCCCCCGCACCUCUCCAAAUGCUCGUAGUGCAAUCCCCAUCUCCCAAAAGCUCAGAGCCAAAUUUCCCUGGUAGACCACAUUACAAGAAAAGUACCUUACCCACAGUGAAUAAAAUGGUCCCUGUUUUCUUAUACACCUCAGAAAUAGAAACAUGAAUUGGUGUCCAGCACUCAGGUUUACAUACAAAUAAGCAGUACCUCGUGCAUUGUCAUUGCUUUAGUAAAUAUCUCCAAGUCACUAACAAUGAUAAAAGAUUUGUAAAAACAUGAGAUCGUUGAUUGGUACACUGAGUUGUCUUAUCUGAGCUAUAUAAUGCACACAUUAGCAUAUUUUCUGGCUGAAGAAUAUGCCUGUAGUCAUGUGGUGUAAAAAAAAAAAAGAUUGGUACUGUUAAAGUUGUACAAAAUGAGGGCAGCAGGUAGCUUAACGGUUAGAUCCGUUAGCCAGCAACCGGAGGGUUUCCAAUCCUGGGCCCAAUGGGGGGGAAAUGUGUAAUUAACCAAUAAAGUGAUCUUAAGAUGAAAACAGUUGUCAAAUACCCUCAAUAAAAAAGAACAAAUGGUAAAAAGCUUUUUUUUUUUUUAUAUAUAUAUAUAGUUAAUUAAAAGGCCAUUGAUUUGAAUUACCAAAUGAUGGCACUACCAUAGUGGCAGUAAACAAUGUAUAUGACUUCUUUGGUCUUCCUGAGUCAGUAGUAGUACAGUGGAUCAUGUGACCAGACUUGAAGUGUUUACUUAACGUCUAGACACUUGACUCCCUGAGGCACUUUCCAUACU